AUGGUUCUGCAAUGCAAAAAGAAUAGCUGGGGAAAUAAAUAUGAGAUUGCUACACAACCUCUGAAAUUUAUACAAUGUGGUCCGACAGGUCUGCCAGCGGAGACAUUAGUUGAGAGGUUCGUAACAGUUGGUGCAUACAGUCUCUUGCGAUCCUGCACAAUUGAGCCGGAAUGCAUUAUUGGUCAGCACUCUAUCCUUAUGGAGGGUUCUUUGGUGGAAACACAUUCUAUACUUGAAGCCGGAUCUGUGGUUCCUCCAGGAAGGAGAAUACCAAGUGGCGAGCUUUGGGCAGGGAAUCCAGCAAGGUUCGUUAGGACUUUGACACAUGAGGAAACACUGGAGCUUCCUAAACUGGCCGUUGCAAUAAAUGAUCUGAGCAAAAGUUACUUCUCUGAGUUCUUGCCUUAUUCAACCGUGUAUUUGGAAGUUGAGAAGAUGAAGAAGUCGUUGGGAAUUUCUAUCUGAUGGAAUUCAUUACUCUCAUCACAAAUGUACGUCGGCUUGAGACUUCUUUUUUCUUUUCAUGGAAAUCAAUAAGCAAGUGUAAGACCAAUGUAAGCCUUAGACACCGUAUUCUGUCCAUGAUUUUAUUGCUUGUGCAAGUAAAUGGGAUAUGAAAUGUUUUACUUGUCAAGA